UUUCAGAUGCCAGCAGUGAAGGUUAUGGACAGUGUUCAUAUAUCAGGACUGUUGCUGAUGAGCAAGUGCAUUGUGCGCUGGUCAUGGGAAAGGCCAGAGUAGCCCCUACAAAGGUUUUCAGAAUACCACGCCUUGAGCUGACUGCAGCCACAGUUUCAGCAUCAGUAAGUCAUCUUCUUAGAGAAGAGCUAGAUCUGGAGAUAAAUUAGUUUUUCUGGACGGAUUCCCAGAUAGUAUUAGGGUAUAUCAAGAACGAAGCCAGACGCUUUCAUGUUUUUGUGGCUAAUCGUGUCCAGAAAAUAAGAGACUCUACAGAUCCAAAGCAGUGGUUAUAUGUGGAAACCAAUCAAAAUCCAGCAAACUGUACAUCUAGGGGUUCCAAGGUGGCAGACCUAAUUGACUCAAGUUGGUUGAAAGGCCCAAAGUUUCUAUGGGAAAAAGAAAUUGUUACUCAUAUAACUUCACCAAAGCUUCUUGUAGGUGACCCUGAGGUAAAGGUCCUGAAAACAGAUGCCUGUGUAAGAGACAACUUUCUUGAAAGACUAACAAGAAUCUCAGAUUGGAAAACAGCAAUCAAAGCUAUAGCUAGAAUCAAAAGACUUGUGAAAAGAGACAGAUCAGGGUUCAUUAGUGUAGAGGAGAGAGAGAAAGCGCUUUUGUGCUCAUCAAGGCAGCACAACAAGAAGCCUUUGAAGAAGAACUGAAAUGUCUCAGUCAAAACCCUGCUAAGCUACCGAAGAAUAACAGGUUAUACCAACUUGAUCCUGUUCUCCAGAAUGAACUGCUCAGGGUUGGAGGACGGUUAAGAAAGUCUAACGCAGCAUUGGAGUUGAAACAUCCAAUAAUUCUUCCUAAGGAAGGCAUUGUCACACAGCUGAUACUUGACCAUUGCCACAAGAAAAUUCAACAUCAAGGUCGAGGUCAAACCUUAAAUGAGCUCAGAUCCAGUGGAUAUUGGAUAAUGGGUGCAAGCAAUGUAGUGGCCAAAUACAUCAAAAAUUGUGUUACAUGCAGAAAGCUGCGCAGACCAGUUGAAGAACAGCGCAUGGCUGACCUUCCAGCUGACAGAGUAGAACCAUCACCCCCAUUCUUGUAUUGUGGUAUUGACUGUUUUGGUCCCUUCUACACGAAACAAGGUCGGAAAGAAUUCAAACGGUAUGGUCUGUUGUUUACGUGCCUGAGCUCCAGGGCUGUACAUUUAGAAAUGUUAGAAGAUCUCACUACUGAUGCAUUUCUGAAUGCUUUAAGAUGUUUCAUAGCAAUCAGAGGAGCCGUGCGACGGAUCAGAUCCGACCAAGGCACAAAUUUCAUGGGAGCAAGGAAUGAGCUGGAGAAAGGUUUGAAGGAUCUAGACCAAGAGAGGAUCUCUACCUAUCUUGCAAGCAAACAGUGUGAUUUCCUUAUGAAUGUUCCUGAAGCAAGCCACAUGGGGGGUGUGUGGGAACGCCAGAUAAGAACAGUAAGGAGUGUGAUGAAUGCUGUUCUGGCACAAGCUAAAGGUAGACUGGAUGACACCUCAUUAAGGACAUUCUUCUACGAGGCAAUGUUAAUCGUGAAUAAUCGUCCGCUUACCACUAACACAAUAAAUGACCCAGAGAGUCUUGAGCCCUUGACUCCUAAUCAUCUGCUUACGAUGAAGACAUCAGUGCCUCUGCCUCCUCCUGGCAAAUUUAUUUGUGAAGAUCUGUACGCUAGGAAAAGGUGGAGAAGAGUGCAAUACUUGUCAGAGCAGUUUUGGAGCAGGUGGCGUAAAGAAUACCUGGCCAACUUAAGCCUCAGACAACAAUGGCACAAACCUAGAAGAAAUGUUCAAAUUGGAGAUGUAGUUAUUGUCAAAGAGGACAAUGUUCACAGAAAUGAAUGGAGGUUAGCUAGAGUUGUUGAGACAAGUGCAGAUGAUGAUGGGCUUGUAAGAAAGGUUAAACUCCAAAUGGGACAAAGUAAGUUAGGUAUAAAGGGUGAGAGAUUGACACAAAUAACUCUUUUGGAACGUCCAAUUCAAAAAAUAGUGGUAAUAGUUGAGAACAAUUCCUAAACUACGAGUAUACACACAGUUGUCUUAACAUACAGAAUAGUGUUGUUCAAAGAAAAUGAAAAUAACUCUUAUGUUGAAAGUGUUGAAAGAAGAAUGAAAGUUAACUGACAGCUUAUAGGAAAAUUACAGGCUUAAUUGAUUUCAGUUAAAAGGUAGUAAUUUCAUAAAUCCUUGUAAUUUUGGUGGCAGUGUAGCUGACACAGAAAAGGUGUAUUUCUUGCUGAAUAUUUUGUUACCCUUUUUAAAAGUAUUUGUUUGUUUGUUACAAAUGUUGUUUAAUAAUUGAAUGUUUAUUUGAGUAUUGUAUAUGUUUAACAAUUGCCAAUAGUGACACCUACUGGUGAAACUAUGUAGCAUUGUACGUAUGUAGGUCACAUGGUUUGAUAAGCUGCAUUGAGCAUUGGGAAAGCACGAGGUGAUCACGAACGGAGAAGUGUAAGAUCGUAAGAAGUAAAAGAUUAAUAAGAUUGUUUGUUAAGAAGAUCUCUAAUGUCUCCUGAAUCCUGAUUGGAAAGCACACGUUUUUCACGGUUCUCAGAUGUUUGUGAUGACAAGGGGACAGACAUUAAAACUGAAAAUCUGAAUCUG